GACAGAGAUGACGUCCGCUAGGCGACGAGCCUCGAUCAGAGGGCUUUGACCAUAUGUAUUGUAUCUCCUAUAAAAGGGGCGAGACCCCUCAUUGUAAUGGAUCCGAUUUUUGAAGCAAAUAGACUCCUACUUUGCAUUCUCUCUCUCUAAAACUCAUCUUAUUCUUCAUUCUCGGUGGUUUAUAGCCAUCAAAUUGGUGCUUUCAUUGAGAGCAGAGGAACAUACUCGUAGGUUAACUCCCGGAAGCGAGAAUGGUGCAAACGAGGAGCAACGUCCCCACCACCAGCCAUAUAGUUGGCGAGGAGAACGCGCGGGGCAGCGGCAACGGCACGGGAGGCAUCAGCUCGACUCCGGACGCGGUCCAGGCGCUGUUAGGCCUGGGGGUGACCACGGAGCAGCUCCAGGCGGCCGUCGCGGCACUUUCAGCCAUGGGUGGGAAUGUGCCCGGCGUCGGAGCAGGUAAAGCUCCACCCGGUCCCCAUACCGAACACGCGUGCCACUUCCCAGCACAAGGGGAAGAAGACCCGAAGGAGCAAGAGGAGGCCCGGCAAAGCCCAAGUGUUCGAGGAGGAGGGGAAGAGACCCGGGUGUCGGCCUUUGACAGGCUCGACCGCGGACCGGAAGUUCGCUCGGGCGACCUCCGCCGGCAAAUCAGAGAAGGCAGGCGAAGACACGCUGAGGAGUCCGCGACAUCGGACGCUCGCUCGGCGAGGCCCGAGCGAGCGGAGAAAGACGGGAUGAGCGCAGCCCACGCCGCCAUAGCCCGACUAGAACUGAGAAGACGAAGAUCUCUGAUCAAGGGGUAUCCCGGCUCGCUUGGGAGGGGGACCAUCGACGACUGGGAUACGUUAGCUGAAAAGUUCCUAACACACUUUGCGGCCAAUCGAAGGCAGAGGCUGCCUUACUCCCACCUGCUCAACAUAUGCAUUCGUAAGGGGGAGAAGGUCCGCGACUUCAUAGUCCGAUGGGAGAAGGAAGCCAGAGAUGUGCAUGGGGCGGAUGAUCAAGCUUUGGUGGCCAUGUUCCAAGCAGCCCUCCCCCGCGGAGAGGUGAGGAAGGAGCUCCGCAAGAAUCCUCCCCCCACGUAUCAAGAGACCCUGGCACGCGCUAAGUUCUUGGCUUCGGAGGAGUUCGAUGAUGCCCUCGACUCCGAAGCCGCCCCGGCAAAGCGAGCUCCCGCAGAUUUAGGGGAGACAGCGAAGAAGAGGAAGAAGAAGAAAGACUAUACCGCGGGUCCGAGGACGCCUUUGGCUGGUGUAUACUCCGUGGGUGCGCCCAUGGGAACGGGUCGAGAGCUGGCCCUCUCCCCUCUCCCGCACGUGGAAACCUAUGCGGUGUCCAGCGGUACCAAGUAUUGCGAGUAUCAUCGCAAUAACACUCACAACACUAAGGAAUGCUUCACUCUGCAAAAGGAGAUGCAGCGACUCAUCGCCCGAGGACCGCCUCCACGAGAUGAGGGGGCCACCCCCUCCCGGGGCCGCCAGAAGGAAGGACGUGGAGGAAGCCGACCGAGCCAAACGCGGGCGGCCGGCCUGGAGGACUUGGAGUGUGUGAUCUCCCCGUACUACUUAUGCAUGAAGUUCCCCACCCCAUCCGGGAUCGGGGUAGCAAGGGGAGACCAGAGGUUAGCUCGAUCGUGUUACGUCCGGAUCACGAAGAAGUUGCCAAAGGAUGAGACGUUGGUCGUGCACGCGCAGGAGGAUAUGCUGAAGCUGGAAGCCCGACCAAAGGCCGAGCCCGCGGAGGAGGUCGCGGAAGUGCCGCUCGACCCGCAGACGCCCGAGCGGAAGGUGAGGAUUGGGGCAAGCCUGAUAGGGAACCAGCGGAGGCGAUUGGUGGAUGUGCUUACCGCCUACCGCGCGAUCUUCGCAUGGGGACCCGGAGAUAUGCCGGGGGUGGAUCCCAAGGUCAUAUGUCACCGCUUGGCGGUCAAUCCGGAGUCCAGGCCAGUGAAGCAAAAGAAGCGUUUCGUCUCGUCCGAGCGGAGGGAGUUUGUCUCCAAGGAAGUCGCCACCCUCCAGAGCAUUGGACACAUAAGGGAACCCAUAGGUGCGCUGCUCAGGAGUCUGAACGCGCCCUCUCGCAUGUCUAAGUGGGCAAUGUUCCUUGGCGCCUUCCAGAUCGAGUUCAAGCCAAGGCCGGUGAUCAAGGGACAAGCGUUGGCCGACUUCGUGGUGGAAUGCACCGCUCGGGAAGAGCCGAGCCCGGAACUUGAAACCGAUGAUUGGUGGACAGUUUUUACCGACGGCUCCUCCGCCGCCAAAAACUCGGGGGGUGGAGUGGUGGUCAUCGCCCCUGAAGGUUUCAGGGCGUACUAUUCGAUUCGAUUUGGUUUCAAGGCAUCCAACAAUGAGGCAGAAUAUGAGGCGCUCUUCUGCAGGCUACGCCUAGCAGCCGGGAUGAACGCGACGAAACUAAGAAUAAAGUGUGAUUCGAAGUUGGUGGUUGGCCAUGUCUCGGGGGAGUUCAAGGCAAAGGACGAAAGAAUGAAGAAAUACAGAGAUACGGCUUUGGAAGUCCUUAAAAGCUUCACCGCAUAUAGUGUCGAGCAGAUCCCUCGAGCGGAGAACGCCAAGGCGGAUAUCUUGUCAAAGCUGAGUUCGAACACGCCCGAGCAUAUCAGGCGGAUGGCGAAUGUGGAAGAGCUGUCCGAGCCGAGCAUCCAUGCCUUCCCCGUGGCGAUGAUUUGUGCUCGGCCCAAAGAUUGGACGGACGACAUAAUUGCCUUCCUAAAGGAUGGCGCCCUCCAGGACGAUGCAGUGAAGGCCAAGUUGGUCCGAACGAGAGCACCAGGGUAUACACUGGAAGGCGAGAAGCUAUACAAGCGAGCGUACAACGGGACGCUACUCAGCCCCACUGGCAAGCAUCACCGGAGCUCAGUGCCAGAAGUUUCUCGCAAAGCAAGUCAUCUGCCGCUUCGGCGUUCCCGAGCACAUAAUCACAGACAAUGGGACACAAUUCGAGUCCAGGCCCUUCAACGCCUUCCUCGAGAGUUAGGGGAUCAAGCACAGCUAUGCGUCGGUUGGGUACCCCCAGACGAACGGUCAGACCACGCCGAGGAGGGCGGCUGGGGAAACCCCCUUCGCCUUGUGCUACGGAUUCGAGGCAAGGCCCCUGCAGAGAUCUCUAUUGCAACACAUCGGGAGGAGAUCUUCGAUCCCGAGCGUAAUGAGGAAACCUUGGCAGCCGAGCUCCACCUCGUGCACGAAAGGCGAGAAGCGGCCUUCAUACGGGCAGAAAAUUACCGAAGGAAGGUGAAGAGCUACCAUGAUGGACGUGUGCGCGCACGAGGGUUCGCUGAAGGAGAUUGGGUGUUGCGCAAGAGAACGGUGAGCCGCCCCUGGAAGGCGGAAAGUUCGCCAAAAAUUACGAAGGCCCAUACAUCAUUAAAGAAGUGGUGGGUCCGUCGACGUUCCGCCUGCAGAUGCCGAGCGGCGGGAACGGUCCCAGGACGUGGAAUGUUGAGAACCUAGUUAAGUUUUAUCAGUAGACUUCUGAUGUACACGGACCCCAAAAAAGGGAACCCGUAGAUCUUUUUGGUUGUACUGAAUGGAAUGAAGUUUUUUGCGAAGA